AGCUGGGAGACAGGCGACAUCUGGCCGGAGCCAUUGUCUGCCGGACUAGCACCAAAGCGUGGCCUGGCCUGGCGCGGAGAUAAAACCGCCCCGCCAGCGAGCGCCCUUUAUACUGGCGUGCGGAGCGGAGGCAGCAGCGAGUGGCGGGGCUGAGCAUCACCGCGCAGCGACACCGAGACACCUGCCAACAUGUCCGACAAACCCGACAUGGCCGAGAUCGAGAAAUUUGACAAGUCCAAAUUGAAGAAGACAGAGACGCAAGAGAAAAACCCACUGCCUUCAAAAGAAACAAUUGAACAGGAGAAGCAAGCGGGUGAAUCGUAAUGAAAUCUGCCCUUCCAAAUUAUGCACUGUACAUUCCACAAGCAUUGCCUUCUUAUUUUACUUCUUUUAGCUGUUUAACUUUGUAAGAUGCAAAGAGGUUGGAUAAAGUUUAAAAUGACUGUACUGCCCCUUUCACAUCAAAAGAAUAGAGAGAACUACUGACACUGAAUGAAGGCGCUGCCUUUCCCUCUGCCUGUCUGGCUUUGGUCCUGGUGGCAUGAAAGAGCUUGCAUGUUGAUGAAAGAAGAACUUGGGUGGGACUACAGUAAACUAGAGUAACACACGAAUAAAUGCAAAGCUGUACCAAGGUCCUGCGAGCUGUAAAAUGCAGUUAAUCGAGUGCCAUUUUUUUUUUUUGUUCAAAUUAUUUUAAUUAUUGGAAUGCACAAUUUUUUUAAUAUGCAAAUAAAAUGUUUUAAAACCUG